CUGAAAGGGUCAUUUGACCGCCAAAGGGGUCGCGACCCACAGGUUGAGAACCGCUGCUCUAAUGGCUCCCAUCUCACUCUAAGAGCCCACGGAGUCCUACAGUUUCUACUCCUGUCCCCCGAUCCUCCCUACCUCGAUGCCUCAUCUCUGCAUUUGCCCCUUGCUUUCUUCAUUCUGCUCUCUUGGCCUUGCUUUUCCUGAAACAUGAGGCACAGCUCUGAGUUAAGUCCUUUGUGCUUUCCCUUCCAUCUAAAAUACCUUUGCUUCCUCUCCUCCUUCAGGUCUCAGCUUAGAUAUAACCGUGGUGAGCCUUUCCUUGGCUCCUCAGUUUAAAAUUGCACCAUACCCCUCCCCUGCCCCUAGCAUCCCCUACUUCCUUUCCUUGCUUUAUUGUCCCUAUAACACUUCAUAACGCUUGAGAAUAGCAAGCAUACUGUUUGUUUUGCUUAUUUAUUUGCUGGCUGCCCCAGUUUCUUCAUCUGUAAUAUGGAAGGAACAUUGAUAAUAGUACUGAACUCGUGGGUUGUUGAGAGGAUUAAAUAAGUUACUAUCUGUAUUGCUUUUAGACCAGUGUCCAGCAUGGGAAGCAUUAUAUCUGUGUUUAUUUUAUGAGCAGUGUGCUGGAUAAAGAUUACCUAAGAAAAAACCGGAUACUUACUCUCUAGCAGAAUGGUUACUGCUUUCAGUUCUUAGUUGCUCAGUAACCACAAUUUCAGCACUGAUGAAUGAUGCCCAGGGCCUCUGGUCUGAAAUACUUCCCAGCACUAAUGGGAUAUUCUGACUGCAAAUUUAAAGCUUAGAGUUGAGGUUCAAAGACAGAACUCCCACGUCGACUAUAAUUUAAUGUCAUGCAUAUCCCUUGGCUUUAAGGAGCAAGGAUAAUGGCUCAGGAAGAAUCUGAAAAGAUGGCCUGGUUGCAGUGGCUCUGAGUUAUGACUGCCCAGAGCCACACAGGUCUGGACUGUAGGUGAUUAGGGCACAGGGCUGGGGAGCCGUGCUGCCUUAACCCCACUUGACAGGUGCUACUUUAGUUAGCUGGUUUGUCCCAGAGUGUCAGACCCACUGGCAGCCCAUUACCUCCUUCCUCUCAAGCUUGUCAUGAACAAGUUUGUCAUGAUUUACUACUGGCAAGUGAGCACUUACUUCCAAAGGGAACAUAUUUUUCUCAUCAUGCUCCAUUCAUUUUUGAGAGCUGCUUAUUAUAAUUAUUUACUUGCCAAGCCUAUGCUACAGACAUCCACACACAAACACACCGUUGGCUGCAGUUUGCCCAGAAUGCACUGGAUCCUUCUACUAGCAACACCUACCUUGUUCUUGGUUCACUCACUCAGCAAAUAUUAAUUAAGCACUUGUAUGUCUAAGUAGACCCUUCCUUGUCUUCGUGGAGCUUACGUUGUAGAAGUCUAGAUCAAGACUCUGGCCUUAUUUUUCCCAAAUUGGUAGUCAUAUCGUCAUGGAGUGCACCUUAAAGGCACUUGAAUAAUCUAAUUCUAAUGAAUCUAUUGUAGAAUGCCACUCUGGUACAUCAGGGGAGUUGCUCCCAGCCAGACAGACAAGCUAGCUUUCUGUAAGUCAUAGAUAUCAGGGUACCCAGGGUAAAAUCAGCUUUUUCCUGGAACCAAACGAACUUUCUAGAUAUUAUAUUUCUCAGUUCAAUUAGAGAGUUGGUGAAUGAGGACAUUUCAAAACAGUGGGGAAAAAGUCUUCCUUCCAUGAUAUCAUUCAGCUUUGACAAUUGGGACCUGUUUACACUGGGCCUGUAAACGCAAUCAUGGUCAGGUGGUCUCUUACUUGUUAAAAUCAGGAGCCGACAAAGAGAUUCUCACCACAAAAGGAGAAAUGCCAGUCCAGUUAACGUCAAGGAGAGAAAUCAGAAAGAUAAUGGGAGUGGAAGAGGAUGAUGAUGGUGACAACCUCCCCCAGAUGAAGGAGUCAGACCUGCCCUUUGUUCCCAACUAUUUGGCCAGUCCAGCUUUCCCUUUUCUCUACACCCCCGUGGCAGAGGAUUCGGCCCCGCUGCAGAAUGGGGACCCCUCCACACCCCCUGCCACACCCCCUGCCUCGCCCCCUGGAGACGGCUCCCCUGCAUUGCUCCCCCCUGGGGACCCUCCCCCGCUGGGGGCCUUUCCGAGGGACCACACCUCUUUGGCGCUGGUGCAGAAUGGGGAUGUGCCUGCCCCCUCUGCUAUCCUCAGAACACCGGAAAGCACAAAACCUGUUUGUCAGCCACCCGUGACUCAGAGUCGAUCACUGUUCUCUCCCGUCCCGUCCAAGCCACCAGUGUCUCUGGAGCCUCAAAAUGGGGCAUACGCAGGACCAGCGCCAGCAUUCCAGCCGUUUUUCUUCACUGGAGCGUUUCCUUUUAAUAUGCAAGAGCUGGUGCUCAAGGUGAGGAUUCAAAACCCAUCUCUUCGAGAAAAUGAUUUCAUUGAAAUUGAACUAGACCGACAGGAGCUCACCUACCAAGAAUUGCUCAGAGUGAGUUGCUGUGAGCUGGGUGUUAAUCCAGAUCAAGUGGAGAAGAUCAGAAAGUUACCCAACACUCUGGUCAGAAAGGACAAAGAUGUUGCUCGGCUCCAAGAUUUCCAAGAGCUGGAACUGGUUCUGACAAUAAGUGAAAAUAAUUUUCUGUUCAGAAGUGCUGCAUCCACACUGACAGAAAGGCCUUGCUACAACAGGAGAGCUUCAAAACUGACUUACUAAUGCCACAGGGACUUUUAUCACUGAGUAUUGUGACAGCGCGUCACCUCUGGGCCAAGGACAAGCCAUUGAUCUCAAUGCCUUGGAUGCUGGAGGGCGCUGGUGCCACUGAGUCGUGUACACUAACAUUGUCCUGCCAGGUAGGAAGCCCCUGACCCUCAAGCAGUGGUGCCACUCUUCCAAGCCUCUUGGUGCACAAUAAACCGAUUGCUCAACGCUGUGAACAGUGGAGAAGUGGUCUGGAGAGGCAGGAGCCGGCGGUUCCAUAUCCAGUGUGUUUUACGUGCAGCAUGUCAGAGAGCGGUCCGCAGUGCUGAGAGUGGAGCCUAUUUCUAGCCACUCCUGUUGACAGUGCACCUGAAGGGCCAGGGUGCACUCGGCUUGGUGAUGCACGCUCACAACUGUCCUGAAAUGUGAACCGACUCGAGGAAAACGGGAAAGCACAGGUGCUGGACAGAUGGGUUUUAGUAUGGCUUGUGGCUGUGAGGUUCCAUAUAACAUGUUUAUAAAUGUUACUCAGGUGAAAAGUAUUUAAGGAUAGUUACCUAAUUGUAAAUAUGCUGUUAACCAAAAGAGCUUCCCCUCCCCCACUUUUUCCUUUGUAAACACUCAUGACUCCUCACUCCUCUGUCUCCAGUCGGCCAUUGCCAAGCCCUAGACAAGCACCUCUGCAUUCACUUCCCUUUGCGGUCACUAGAGGGCUCUCCGAUGCCUUCCAAAAGAGCAACCGCGGUUUCUGUUUUGUUUUGUUUUUUUUCACUGAAGUGAUUCCUGCCAUCUUCGUGUUUAAUUGCACCAUAUGAGAAGAGCACAAACAUUGCCUGUCCAUGUUCUCUACUUUCAUUUUCCACUAGAAAUGAAAAGCAAUUUUUGAGACUGAAUCUGUUGCUGUUUUAAAGGUUAUUGUAGGAAACUGAGCUAAAGGAGUUAGGAUAUUUAUUUUUGUAUAAAAGAUAAAGAUUAUUUUGAAAUUAUUAGGAUUUUUACACAACUCUGAAAUCUGUUGCUUUUGUAAACAAAUUGUUUCAUCUUAGGGAUCUCCCCUAACCCCCACCAAUCCAAUACCCCCCACAAAGGCAAUUGCAAGUCUACCAGGCUUUGUUCUGAAAAAUGAAAAACAAAACGUACACACCUGAUUAAACCCUUGAACAUGGCAUAAUAAUUUUUAGAAGAAUGCAUUCAAGGAUUCUUUUCCUUCAGUGUCAUUAAUGUGAACAGAAAGCCACUGUCUUGUUGAACAAACAGUGUAGCUUCAGAUGUGAGAACGAGCACAUAAACAGGAGAGCAGGGGUUUGAAGCCAGCUGUUGAAGGGCACCCUGCUGUCCUAAAGCUUUUCCCCAUAGUGCCUAUAGUUUCCAAAGAAACUUCACUUCCUAACUGUGUUAACUUCAUUGGGUGGAGAGAGAAUGCGCAGAAGAUGUCAGGGGAAGAGAAUGCGGUGCUAAGAUGACGGCCUCCUGCUGCUGCCCCAAUGCUGAGCUGAGGUGGAGGUGUUCGCAAGGCCAGCUCCACGGAGUCACUGUUCAGGACCGAAUGUGUUUCAGCACUUGCUGAUGGUGACUUACCCUUGUACAGUGUUUGCAUGGCAGAGUAAAGGUUACUUAUUACUCCCUCCUCUGAGGUACUUUAAAGGAGAAACCUCCCUUGUGUUGCAAACCAAUCAGAAGCUAGUUUAUCUAGACAUACUAACCUCUCUCUCCCUUUCCUUUAAAAAAAAGUUUAAUGAUAAGAUUAGUUCUGUCCUGAAAGAAAUAAAUUCAGUAUUAACUCAUGUCUAAGUCACUGGGGUUAAAGCUUCCAGGCGUCCAGAUCAGUUAGCGAUUCAGAAGCAGUGGAGGCCUCGCUUGGGGGUGACCUACAGAGGAGCAGCCCCUGGCAUUUCCAGGGCUUAGGAACAGAGGGAGCCAGGGGCUGGCGUCUCAGGUGAGAGAUGAUCCCUACAUGGGUCUCCUCUAUAAAGUCCUCUGUGGUCCAGUGACCUCUAUGUAUGGCUGUAGAAUAAGACUGCACAGUUGCUGGUAGGUGAGUCUAAAGUCUUAAUCUAUGCAUUCAGAGAAAUAUUUUUAUAUGCUUUGUGUAAUUUAUAACACAGGGUUUUUCUUUUUAGCUCUGUUACUGUGAAUUCCCCCCUCCUCCACUGCAUAUUUAAAGCAUGUGUUCAUACUGUGGGCAAACAUUUACUGAAGAUAAUUUUCUUUGUGCAUUGCUGACUGUUCAAAUAUAACAAGUAUUAAAAUUAAGUAUUAACUGACCAA